CCGAGCCAUAAGAAAAAUAAAAAAAAACUAGAAUGCUUCAAGAAAGAAUCAUAUAAAACCAGCUCAAAAUAUGUACAAAACAUUGAGUAUCCUAAAAGUGCCUCUGCUGUAAGAUUUUUGUUAUACAAAUGAUGUACCCACCACCUAUUCUAUAAAGAAUGUUAACUUGAGUACACCCACUUUGAUGCAGGUAUGGCACUCUAAAUCUAAUGGAUGAACAUACAAUAGCCCCUAAAAUUGGAUAUCCCUCCAGAAACGAUAAAAAGGAAUGUAUGCAUGUCCCAAAAGGUGUAUCACAGCCAUCUCAGUUAACUCUACAACCGACAGCUCUUAAUCAGCAAUCCAUGAUCCAGGGGUCAGUAGCUGUAUGUAGGUUGUCAAAACUGAGCCAAAAAGACGAGGCCACAAUUGAGAGAAGCUUUCCCCUGACUUCUAGUCAAGCAAACCAUGCAGUCCAAGAAAGAUAUGAACCUGGGCAAGUAUCUUUCCAGGCAAAAGAUCCGGCUGAGAGAUUCAAACAGUCGAAAUGCUUUUCAUGCCACGUCACUAGUUCCUGAAUUAUUUAUCCGAAACACCAGUGAACUCAUGGAGGUCUUCAGAUAAAGGAAGUCAAAUUGGGAGACUCAUGUCAACACAUGCAAUAAAAGAAAUUUCUUACCUUUGAA